ACUCUCCCAUCAGUUCCUCCUGCAAAUCUGCAAUUGCAAACCCUCAGAAUUGAAGAGAACAAUGGCGAUCUCUUCAACUCCGACGCUCCUUCUCCUCGGCGCCCUCCUACUCCUCCUUGUCUCCGCCAACCAUUCUCUGUCUCCGAGCGAUGCCGUAUCGGAGUUGACCCGCCUCCGAUCGCAGUCCCCCACCGGCGUAAUUCACCUUACCGACUCGCUCAUGAGGCGCAUCAUGUCCGUCUCGGCUCCUCGCCCCUAUUCUAUCCUCAUCUUCUUCGACGCCCAGCAGCUCCACUCGAAAACGGAGCUCUCCUUGCCCGCCCUGAAGACUGAGUUCGCUCUCCUGGCAUCCUCGUUCCUCGCAAACAACCCCGAUUCAAAAAUCAACAGCAAGCUCUUCUUCUUCAACAUUGAAUUUCAGGAAUCCCAGCAGACUUUCUCGCAAUUUGGAGUCAAUUCGUUGCCCCACAUCCGUGUUGUCCCACCUUCAGCUACUGACCUGAAGAAGGAUUCAAUUCAAAUGGACGCCUCGGAUUUUUCCCGAAUGGCGGAGUCGAUGGCGGAGUUCGUGGAAGCGAAAACAAACCUCGAGGUCGGGCCGAUUCAUCGCCCGCCCGUUGUUUCUAAGAAGCAGAUGAUGUUUAUAGUGGCCAUUUUACUGAUAUGGAGUCCGUUUUUAAUAAAAAAGAUUGUUACUGGUCAUACUCUUUUGCACGAUAAGUAUGUUUGGAUGGCUGGGGCGAUAUUCGUCUACUUUUUCAGUGUCGGAGGGGCAAUGCAUAAUAUUAUUAGGAAAAUGCCUAUGUUUUUGGCUGAUAGGAAUGAUCCUGGGAAGUUGGUCUUCUUUUACCAAGGGUCUGGAAUGCAGCUGGGAGCUGAGGGAUUCUCUAUAGGGUUCUUGUAUACCAUUGUUGGAGUGUUGUUAGCCUUUAUGACUCAUGUUCUGGUUCGGGUGAAGAGCAGGAGUGCACAGAUGAUGGUCAUGGUUUUCGCACUCUUUGUUUCAUUCUGGGCUGUCAAGAAGGUGAUUUCCUUGGAUAAUUGGAAGACUGGUUAUGGGAUACAUGCUUACUGGCCUUCCAGUUGGAUGUGAAGUGAUGAUUUAUUGGUGGUUCACUGAGUUAGCCUGAUUUUAGUAGGUAUGAAUUUUGUACUAGCUUACUCUGUGUCCGAUGGUAUUGUUGAAACGAUAUUAUUAACUAAAAUUUCCAGAUUCCUCUCACUUGUAUGGACUAUACGUUGUAUUAAAGCAUUUAUAUGCUAGUUGUACUUUUGAAAAUGGAUUAUAUGCCUAAUAUGCACUGCUUAUUAUGUAUG